CGUGUAACUGCUUGAUGACAGAGCAUUGUCAUGUUCAUCUUCAAUCGGGUCAAGCCAAAAUGUCUCUGUAGAAGGCAGGAAUAUGUCGCAGGUUGUUGUGUUUCUGCUGCUCUUGGGUGGAACAGCAACUGCUUUCCUUCCUGCUGGUGAGUCUCAAUGUAACGGCAUCCUGGACAACUCUCAAUGCUCCGCCACUCUUGGAGGAUCGGUCUACAUCCAAGUCAUGGUCGACGUGGGCGACCAUCAGCUGCGGUGUAAGAAACAGCUCCCCGGUGGACCCGUUGUUGUGUUUACGGUGAAAAGACAAAAGGUGGUUAUCCAGGAAGCCCUCAGGAACCGAACAGAGUUCUUUAUCAACAAUGGGACUUUAAAAAUGUCCAGCAUUGAGAGGACUGACUCGGGUCAAUACGUAUUGGAGGUGUUCGAUCCCAAUGGACUUCGUGUAAAUACCAUUACUGUAGAAUUGGAUGUUCAAGAAAACAUUUAUUCCAUCCUGGUUCCAGUUUGCACUGCACUGGCCGCCCUGCUGGUGAUUGUGGUCGUGUCUUGUUGUGUGUACAAGAUAACGAGGCGAAACAGGAAGUCAGGUUCAGGAAAAUCCAGAGAAAAACAGCCAGCAGUAGAGUUCUGGGAAUGAAGUGACCACAAGCGUGACAAUUUUCAUCACCGAGCAAUAUAAACCCUCCAGGAGGCAUCAGCAACAAGAGUGUGAUUUAUAACUUAUAUAGGGGGUCCCCAAACUCUUUGACCCGGGGGCCACAUUGGGUUAAAGAAAUUUGGCCAGGGGCCCAGCUAUAUAUAUAUAUAUAUAUAUAUAUAUAUAUAUAUAUACAGGUAAAAGCCAGUAAAUUAGAAUAUUUUGAAAAACUUGAUUUAUUUCAGUAAUUGCAUUCAAAAGGUGUAACUUGUACAUUAUA